AGGUUAAGAAUGUGGGUUCCUGAAUAGCGUGACUUCCCCUCCAGAAUCCGGGCUCUCUGAUAUCCUAUAAGUCUUCCUAUAAAUUUCAAGUACCCGCAGCACCCAUAAGCACUGUCAUCAUGACUGGAAGGAUGAACCAGAUAUUGCAAUUCAGACUGUAUCUACUAUUUUCUGCAGGUUGGCUUCUGGGUCGUUCAACGGCCGCGAUCAUAGCUACGGAGAACAGCUUCCAGAUUGUUCUGACUAAUGAUCGCCUUUUCACAACUGUAAAUAAGUCUACAGGUGCCAUCGACAAUGUGUUCCUUGAUGGGCAGGACUUACUGGGAACCAAAAGCUACGAAACACCGACCCCUGGGGGAGCAUCAGGGGCGGCAAAUAGUGGAAUUGGCCCCUACCUUGACUGUUAUUGCAUCCCAAGCGGCUUCUACACCCCUGGAUCGAUCGAUCCUUACUACAAAGUCUUCACUGGGAACGAUAGCACCGGGACCAUGUAUGGCGGUAUCGUCAUGGGUGAGGUAUACCCUCCGACUGGUCAGAGGUUGGAGCAGUACUGGUUUCUCCGUGAUGGCGAGACUGGCCUGCAUAUGUUCUCCCGGUUGGAGUAUCGGAAUACAACAACCCCUUUUCUGAGGAACUUGCAGGAAUUCCGCACACUGUUUCGACCAAAUACGCCAAUUUGGACCCAUCUGAGCACAAAUGAAGUUUUCUACGGCCCUCUCCCCAAUCUGACCCACCAGGUAACAGUCCAAGAUGCAACCUGGGACGUCAACAAUGCAGCCGACCCGUAUGUCCAGCAAAUCGCCCCAUACUUUACGAAAUACACCUUUGCGGACGCCUGGCGCGACCAUGAUGUGCAUGGAAUCUUUGCCGAUGGCUCUCGAACUCUUAACGGCAAUGUAUACGGAGCCUGGCUUGUCAUGAAUACCCGUGAUACUUACUUUGGUGGGCCGCUGCACUCCGACCUUACCGUCGACGGCAUCGUGUACAAUUACAUCUCGUCCAACCAUCACGGCGACCAGACGCCCAAGAUCACACAUGGCUUCGAUCGUACGUUUGGGCCGUCAUUUUUACACUUCAAUACCAAUAUCACGGGCACUCCUCUCUCUGCGCUCCGCGCCGAUGCCGCACGCUUCGCCACACCCUCGUGGAACAAGCCAUUUUACGAUUCUAUCGCGCCCCAUGUCUCGGGCUACGUUCCAACCUCCGGUCGCGGCUCCUGGACAGGCACAAUCGACUUACCUCAAGGCGCAUCGCGGCCCAUAGCCAUCCUCACAGCUUCGGGUUACGACUUCCAGGACAACGUCUUCAACACCAGCGCAUACCAAUACUGGGCCUCCAUAACCCCGUCUGGCAGCGUGCAAAUCUCCGGCGUCGUAGCUGGACUGUAUCGUCUGACCAUCUAUGCCGACGGUAUUUUUGGGCAAUACAUCCGCGACGGGAUCUCCAUCUCCGCAGAGCAAAGCACGCACACACGCGCACGCUGGACCGAGGAAUCAUCUGGUACAGAACUCUUCCGCAUCGGCGUACCGGACAAAAGCAGCGGCGAGUAUCGACACGGACGCAUGCCAUCCCAAAAUGGCACGCUGCACCCGCCCGAGUACCGCAUCUACUGGGCUGCAUAUGAUUUCCCAACCGAGUUCCCCGAGGGUGUACAGUAUACGGUCGGGAAGUCCUCUUUGGAUGAUCUGAAUUACGUGCACUGGAGCGUGUACGGGGGAAAAGCGAACGCGCUGCGCCCUGUUCCAUAUUUCGAGAAUGUCGCAAACUGGACGAUCCUAUUCAGCUUCAAUUCCACUGCCGAACAGAUGGCGGACGCAACGAAGGCGAUAUUCACGGUUCAACUCGCAGGCGCAAAGACGGCAGCCGGGAACACGGAUGUAUAUAACAGCUCCGAGCCUUACGCUGAUCUCCCCUUGACCGUGAGCGUGAACAACAGAGACAUAGCACCAUGGGUAAUACCGUACUACCACAGUAGUUCGUGUGCCGUGCGCUCGGAAAUAUCGUGUUACAAUAUAGCGCACAAGUACGAAUUUCCAGUGAGUUGGUUGCAAGACGGUGCGAACGAGUUUGUCAUGAGCUUACCGGCAAAUGCGACGGAUUAUGAGAGCGCGUUGUUGCCCGAGAGCGUCUAUGUGCAGUAUGAUGCGAUAAGGUUGGAGAUUGACUCUGAGCCGUCAAGGGCAUAACUAUUACGCAGUAAGAUCUCCUCCCCGACCCGCGACCACAGGACACGCCAGAUCCUCUGAUUCUUACCGAGUACGUACCAAGAUACCAUAAAGACACACAAUAGAUUUGGGAGGUCCCUGAGGAUUGGUCACAGAUUUGACUGAAUGUGAUAGAUACUACCUGCCUGUAGUCAGACGGUGACAAGAGAAUUCGUGACCUUCGUAACGCAAGAUCAAUUCCGCGGCAUAGGCAA